GUGUUACAGGCACAUGCCAGGCCAGGCAGGCAGUUCCUCUGAACAUAAUUGAUUGCUUUACAAAUUUAAUAGUUGCAUAGUUGUACUCAAAGUAGAAACUAGCUAUUGAAUUUUCCAGUGUAAUUUAGGAAAUAACAAAUGUUUUGGUGCCAAGCAGUUGAUAGAAUAAAUUUGAGAGAGACUCUGAAUUUCCAGUGGCAGGGUAGAUGAACCAUGAACAGGAAGUAAUCUCAGAUGAUAAAUGGCACACAUAAGUACAAUCUGAUCACUAUGGGGCAGACUGUACGAGAUUCUGCUUACUACUAGAUGGCACCAUAUGCAUUCUACACCUAGAGAGAUGUCCAGGCAAUUUUAUUAAAGAUUAGUGCUGAUGUAAAUACUCCAUUUCAUGGUAUUAGAGAAAUUAGUGUACUAAGUGGGGGAUAAGUGACAGUGGUUUUGCAUGUGGGUGUGAAGGGUGGAUGCACAGGCUAGAGGUUGACUCAGCUGUCUUUCCUAAUCACUCUCCACUUUACACAGCUUCCCCCAAGUGCAGGGAUUACAAGCAGGCAGCCAAGCCCAUCCAGCAUUUAUGUGGAGAAUAGGUAUCAGCUGACAGCACUGUAUCCACCAUGCCACCUCUCUAGCCUGAUGGUAGUUUUUGUUUUGUUUCUCUACAUAUCCCUGGCUGUUCUAGGACUCACUAUGUAGACCAUACUGGCCUCAUACUGGUGCCUGCCUCUGCCUCCGCCUCCUAAGUGCCGGGAUUAAAGGCGUGUACCAUCAAACUUGCUUCUGCUCUUUAUUAUGUCUCUCAUUCCUUAACAGCUCUAGUAUGGGAUUCCUUUUUAUUUACAGUACCUUGCGCACUGGCCAGAGUAUUUCAUCGUUGCUGAGGCACCUGGCGGAGAACUAAUGGGUUAUAUUAUGGGCAAAGCAGAAGGCUCAGUAGCUAGGGAAGAGUGGCAUGGACAUGUCACAGCUCUGUCUGUCGCCCCUGAAUUCCGCCGGCUUGGCUUGGCUGCUAAACUUAUGGAGUUACUAGAGGAAAUUUCAGAAAGAAAAGGUGGAUUUUUUGUUGAUCUCUUUGUAAGAGUAUCCAAUCAAGUUGCCGUCAACAUGUACAAGCAGUUGGGCUAUAGUGUCUACAGGACAGUCAUCGAGUACUACUCAGCCAGCAAUGGGGAGCCUGACGAGGAUGCCUAUGAUAUGAGGAAAGCACUUUCCAGGGACACUGAGAAGAAAUCCAUCAUACCAUUACCUCAUCCUGUGAGGCCUGAGGACAUUGAAUAACCAUAGGCAGUGGUUCUUAGGCAGGUGUUCCAGACAGUUUGUGGACAUAUUAUUUUCAUAGGAUGGUCUUGGAGCUCUAUUAGGAGGAAAGUAAGCAUUUAAGUCUUAAAGACUUCAAAAAAUGCAGGCUAUAAACUUACUUCAAAUCUUAUCCUUCCAAUGAGCAAUAGCAUACAUGUUCGAACUGUUUGCCAUAGUAAAAUUCAAUCAAGGCAGCUAAGUCAGAAGGACACGUUCCACUAUCAUGGUUGACAGUACAUGCCAAGGAAAGACUCCCUCCAUCCUCCUCCUAAAUCCUGUGCCUGAGAACCACUGCUGCACAUAUAUAAAUAUAUAUAUAUUUUAUUUUGUAUUGAUCUGAUAAUUGAAGCUUUAAAAGCAUAUAUGAAAUGUAUAAAUCUGAGAUGUAUAGUAAAACACAUUGUUGCUAUUGAA